UCUCCUCAAGCCGCAACACCUACCACGCACGCACACCAGAGACCGAUCAAGAUCGAGAUGUCGACGGAGCUGACGGCGGCGCAGCUGCGGGCCUACGACGGCAGCGACGCGUCCAAGCCGAUCUACGUCGCCAUCCGCGGCAAGGUCUACGACGUCACCGCGGGGCGCGGCUUCUACGGGCCGGGCGGCGACUACGCCAUCUUCGCGGGCCGCGAGGCCAGCCGCGCGCUCGCCAAGAUGUCCAAGGACACCGCCGACGUCUCCGGCGACCUCGCCGGCCUCUCCGACAAGGAGCUCGGCGUGCUCGCCGACUGGGAGAAGAAGUUCCUGGCCAAGUACCCCGUCGUCGGACGCCUCGCCUGAAAGGAAGUCAAUUCGCCUGGUCGUAGGCACCCCUCUUCCGCCGUCAAGUAGUACUGUACUGUCCUGUGGUCAGCUCUGUCGAUGUGUAUCCUGUUACUCCCUGCUGUCAGGGUGUGUAUGCUUGCUUACUGGCUGCUUAAUACCUGUCCAAUAAUCCGAGGGCGUGUUUGGCAAUAAUUUGGUGAAUGCAAAUACUGAAUGGAAAUACUGGGAUCAGCUAUGAUUAUAGUAGAA